AUGACUUCCAUAUCGUUCGGCCACACAAACUCAGGGAGCCAGAGCGACCGGAAACUCCACCGCCCCCCCUUCUCCACCGUCCCGUUCCGUCGCGACCCAGAUUUCGUUGAUUGUGGAAUACUACUCGAUCAAAUACAAGAAAAAGGCUCUACGCAAGGUGCUCGGAUAGCACUUAUCGGCCUAGGUGGUGUAGGGAAAUCGCAACUUGCAAUCGAAUAUUGCCAUCGAGUUCUAGAUCGAUCGCCUGACACGUGGGUUUUCUGGAUUCAUGCGAGCAAUGCAACUCGCUUUGAGCAGAGUUGCAGGGAGAUUGCCGACCGAGCCAAGAUACGCGGUCGGCAGGAUCCUAAGGCAAAUAUUUUCAAGCUACUCCACGACUGGCUAGAUAAUGCGAAAACUGGACAGUGGGUCCUCGUCCUGGAUAAUCUCGACGAUGAUAAAAUUCUCCACGCGAUACCUUCAACACAGUCUAGGCUGGUAAAUGAUGACAGUGGUGUGCCUGAACGAUCGAUCUGGUCAUAUUUCUGUCAGAACUCAAAUGGCUGUAUUGUGAUGACAAGUCGAAGUAGACAGGUGGCUUUAAGAACCGUGGAAGAAUAUGACAUACUUCCGGUUAAACCGAUGAACGAACCCCACGCAAUCUCGCUCUUUGAAAAGAAGGUCGACACACAAUAUGAUCGCUCCGCAAUGAUUCAGCUAGUUGCAGCUCUAGAGUUUAUGCCGCUCGCGAUUGUACAGGCGGCGGCCUUUAUUAAGCAAAGAGCACCACGAGAGACAGUCACGAAAUAUUUAGAAAGGUUUCAGAAGAGCGAUCGCCAGAAAAUCAAACUUCUUGAUUAUGAAGGGGGCCAGCUUCGGAGAGACCCAGAAGCCAAGAGUGCUAUCCUUCUUACCUGGCAGAUAUCAUUUGAGCACAUUCAGGAAAGACGGCCAUCAGCGGCAGGUCUCUUAUCUCUUAUGAGCUUCUUUGAUAGACAAGGGAUCCCUGACAGUCUCCUACUAGAAGGCAAAGCUACAAAGGAAACUGACAAAGAAAGCAAUAUAAGUGACACAGAUGAUGAUGAAAGCGUAUCCAGCGAGAUCGACAAGUUUGAGAACGAUGUAUUAUUGCUCAGAGACUAUUCGCUGAUAUCUGUCACCUCAGACCAAGUGAACUUCGAAAUGCAUCGAUUAGUCCAGGUAGGAAUGCAGGAAUGGCUUCAAGCUCAAGGCCUUCUAGAGCACUGGCAGGAGAUCUUUAUCCGAAGGCUCGAAAGGAAUUUCCCCGAUGGAGAGUUUGAGAAUUGGAAAGAGUGUCAAUUACUAUUUCCCCAUGUGCAAUGCACGCUGAUGCGGCAACAUGUUGGAAAAGCCUCAAUGGAAGAAUGGGCAUCACUGCUUCACAAAGCAGCAUCAUUUGCAUUGACAAGAGGAAACUUCGUCGAUGGUAGAAAUAUGGCAAAGAGGGCAAUGAGAGCAAGGAGAGAUUUAUUUGGGUUGAAGAAUGAGAAAGCAAUAAGUAGUUCAAAUAUGCUAGGCUUAGCGUAUAGUUCUGGAGGGGAAUGGAAGGAAGCUGAAGAGCUUCAGCUACAGGCGAUGGGGACUUGCAAGCAGGUGCUUGGGCCAGAGCACCCCUCUACUCUGACCAUCAUUGCUAAUUUGGCAUCAACCUACUGGAAUCAGGGGCGAUGGAAGGAAGCCGAAGACCUUGAUAUCCAGGUAUUGGAGACUUGUAAGCGGGUGCUUGGGCCAGAGCAUCCCUCUACUCUGGCCAGCAUUGCUAAUCUGGCAUCAACCUACCGGAAUCAGGGGCGAUGGAAGGAAGCCGAAGAGCUUGGUGUCCAGGUGAUAGAGACUUGCAAGCGGGUGCUUGGGCCAGAGCAUCCCUCUACUCUGACCAGCAUUGCUAAUCUGGCAUCAACCUACCGGAAUCAGGGGCGAUGGAAGGAAGCCGAAGAGCUUGAGGUGCAGGCAUUGGAGACUUAUAAGCGGGUGCUUGGGCCAGAGCAUCCCUCUACUCUGACCAGCAUUGCUAAUCUGGCAUCAACCUACUGGAAUCAGGGGCGAUGGAAGGAGGCCGAAGAGCUUAAUGUCCAGGUGAUAGAGGCUCGCAAGCGGGUGCUUGGGCCAGAGCAUCCCUCUACUCUGACCAGCAUGAAUAAUCUGGCAUUCACCUUGAGAUGCUUAGGCGAAGAUGAAGCUGCCUUACAAAUGAUGGCUAAGUGUGCCGAAUGUCGCGGCCAGCGAUUAGGCCCUAAUCAUCCAUCCACUUUAUCAUCCAUAUCCACUUGGAAAGAAUGGCAUAGUACAGGUGAAACUUCACCCUUCAAAUCUGCUCAAUCGUAG